AUGAGUACUGAACGAGCUCCAGAAGCACCAGAAACUGAUAUGAAAAAUUCACCAGAAGCCACGCUGAAGCCGUCUUCGAAGCUCCCCAUCGAUGAACAGCUUUUUUCCAUGUUCUCUGAAAGAGCCAUGGAGCAGAUCGGGGCACCCAUGCUUUCAAGCCCCCCUGUCAAUGGAGCAAAAAUUUUUAUGUUCUCCGAAAUACCUAAGAAGGACACCUGGCUGACACGGUACAAGCCGAAGGAUUACAAGCCAACUUUUGAAUCCCCCAUUCCCAAACUCGGCCAAGGUUCCAGUUUCACCAGGAGACCCUUGACGAAGGAGAUGCUACCGAACGAUCCCAUGAAAAUUUUUGAUGCGGAAGGUAGAGCCCUCAGACCGAUUUUAGAAAGGGGAGAGAUGCUGCAGUACAAGCAAGUUAAGAAUAAAACUCGUUGGUGCCCCCACUGCCCUCACUGCUACAAAAAAAUGAAGAAGCUUCUAUAG